GUGUGAGAGAGAGAGAGGGAGGAAGAAAUAGUGAAUGGGAAAGAAAGAAAACGAGUUAACGUAAUAUGGACGGGGGCAGAAAAUAACAGGACAGAGUUGAGAUAGCACAUGUUUUGUUGUCAUCAACAAAGCCACAAAACCUGGGAAUGUCAAAAUCAGAUUAAAUGACUCCAAGAGAGUUGUCCUCCCCUUCAGGCCCACCCCUCCACCAACGUUCCUUCCACCUCGCGCGUCAUAACAGUUCAGUAUCGGUGCGGCAAACAUGGAUCAGCUCCAAAGGUUUCAGAUGGGGCUGGGGAGGAGAGAGGCCGGGGUGGGGAGUAGGCGAAGGGAAGAAGGCGGCGAUGGCAGGCUGCUGACGUAGCGCUGGCCCAGGCGUCACAGGGGGAUCAUGGGAAGGUAGAAAAAGCACGCAAAACCUUCAUGCUCGCUUGACUAAUUCGCAAGCAGAGGACACGGUGAGAGAGAACGGCCGGUGAAUUAUUUACAAGCCCCAGAGGCCGAGGACGAGCUUUCACCUGCGGCGACCUAGAACUCUCUGAAUUGUUAUCUGGACCUUGGUUUCGGACGCCAGCAGCGCCAGGUCUCCCCCUUUGCCACCGAACCCCGCACUCUGCCUCUGGACGGAAAAGUCUGCUGAGAAUAUGGGAUUGUCCACUCCGUUUUGAAGGCUGAUGUGACGUGUGAACAGGUCCCCUCCACUUCGUCAACGAACAGCGCAGUUCAAAAACAAACCAUGGUGAGUUUGCUGCAUUCUACCACGAUCGUAACAAACACGCCGCAGAUGCUUUAAAGUCGUGGACCUUCCGUUGUUAGCCCGUUAGAAAAAUAUCUCCUGUGCGACUGUCGUCAAACGGUGUGAUGGGAACAAGGGAGAGAGUUUGAAAAUCGUUAACACCCAACUUCUGGAAUGGACUUUGCGAUCGUCAAAGAACAGAGAGGCUUGCCACGUAUUAAUAGAGGAAGGUUUGUAGGCAGUUGAAGGUCCGGAGGUAGUGGCCUGACUAGCAGCACAUUAAUUACUAACCUCGUAGUGCCUGGGGUCGACGUGUUGGUGACCUACCAGGGCCAACUGGUCAUAGCUACUUAUUUACUAAACAGUUUGCCGUGCCAAGGGGAAAGCAUCAUCAAGCAGCCAUCGCAUCUAAAGGCGGGAAGGUGCCCUGUGAAGCUGCAGCCGUGUGGAGGCAUGGCGCUCAUGUUUGUCUUGCCCCUCUUGCUGGCCCAGAGACCCAUCCACAUUGAACCCCGCUCCAGCGUUCUCAGGAGGAUGCCACUCCUGUUCGGCAAGCGUGGCUCCACAGCCCCUCCUACUCUCCUGUUGGUUUGAGCUCUUCUUCCAUCAUCGCCUCGUUCCGUAACGCAGACGAUCCUGACCUGGUGGCAGAUGACUUGUUGGCAAAGAUAUCCCGUUCUAGCCAGCUGCUGUCAAAUGUCGACGCCCAACGUGAUAACGGUAACAGGAAUCCUGCGAUAAAUCCGCGCUAUUUGAAUGAUCCUAUCGGCCAUGACGGUCGCUCGCAUCUCAGGCUGGAUAACUCUGAAGGUCCUUUAGAUGACGCCAUGCUUACUGUCCCUGACGCUGACACAAGGCUUGGUAGGUUGCUACGGAUGAGUACUCGUGAACGGUUGCUUAGCCUCGUGGAAGCUUUGGACCAGAAAAGACAGCUAAAGUCUUGGCACGAAUCGGGAAAUAAUUUUGCAGAGGAAAGUAAGACGGGAGAUGAAGAAACCGAGUGGAGCAGUCAACCAUCUGGAACACCCGAGGACACGUGGUCGAAACUCAUUACAAAGCGAACAGCAAGGAGAGUCUCCCGUCUUCACCGAAUGCCAUUAGGGAUUGGCAAGAGAACUUCACAGUCAGACACACAAGGUUCGGCUGAAGACCUUGACAGUUUUCUUGAAGACGAAGUCGACGAUCCACUUGACUUCAUAGAAACGAAUGUCGAUGACUCUUCAAAGGCAACUGACGAGGGUUUGAGCAACGUUCCUGGCCUCAUCAUGCAAGGAAAAGACUUCGGGGAACGUCCUAGUUCAUCCCCAGAUAACUCGGCAUUGGUAUCAGCAGUUGAAGCCGCCUGGCAUAGCUACUUAACUGGUCUUCGUAGCCCACCAGAGGAUUCUGACCGUUUGGAGGACCCCUAAACCCGAAAAGUACUCACGAUUUAUGUAGUGGGGUGUAGGGGGAGGCUGAGGUGGAGAAACUGUUUACCUGACUUCAAUAUAAAACGCACUUUCUUUAUCAACUAGCUUAGUUACAGCCAAGCAUCUUUAGCUGAGAAGAAGAUGAUAACCAUUGUGCCUUUUUGUGUCCCAGGAUGAAAAGCGAAAAGGUCAGGAAGAAACGUGAUGCAUUAAAUUUUUUGAAACUGUGUCUUGUCAGAAGAAACCUUAAAGGAGAAAGGAAAACAUCUGAAAUAAUUGUUAAUGACAGACGUUCCUCAACUUAUUAUCUAUCUUUUCAGUUGCUUUCUUUAAUUCUGUCUUCUUCUUUCUUUCAUUCUUUGUUUUUCCGUCCACCCGUCCUUUCUGGUUUUCAUUAUAUUUGUUUUCUGUCCUUUUGUUGACAAACAUUUACAAAUAAUUUUGACUCGUUCGUUUUAAAUUCCAACAAUUCGUUCGACGUUGAUUCAUAAUUUAAUUUUAACAGUAUUAGCUGACCUGACCUAUUGACAGUUUUGGAAAUGUACAUCUGGUAAUCAUCUACAGCCAUGUAAUUGAAACAAAGUAGUGUAGGUCAUGUAAGUAGUUCUUGCUAAAAGAGUUAUUACCUCUCCUAAUUCUUUAUCACAGACACUAUUAAAAAUGAAUGGAGGGCUUGGUAAGCAGGCGGAAGAGAAACCGACCAACAGUCGAAGCGGACCGCUGAUGACGUCACUGACAUUAACCAAUCAGAAAUUAUUUUGAUGACGUAAUACCUUGUAAUCGUAUUUGAAGGAGGCUGUUUCGCAACAUAUAUGCUCCUGCUUUCAAAAUUUAGUGAGUCUUUUGAUUUACUGCUUUCGAAGUAUAUAGUUUGUUAUGUGUGCUAUAUUAUCCUGGCUACCUGGCUGAUGUAGCUUGAUGUAUAGCUUUACUGACUUCGAUAAACCAGUGUAAACUUUUAUUAAACACCAAUAUUUUAUAGCUUUGUUGGGAAGUUAUCAUCCACACAAAGCAAACAGCCGUCCAUGCACAGUCUCCUACAUUAAAUAAAGGGAAACUAUUAACAGUAGCAUUUUGCUCAAGAUUGUCCUCAAACGUUUUCGCUUCUAACCAGCAAGAGGAUCGAGAAGAGCUCAGUUUUCAUGGGCAAUCGUGUCGUUUUGAAACAACAUGACAGAAACUAUAUUUUGGCUCUGCUUCAUCAAGCGAUUGCAAUCAAAACCACGCUUUUUAUCUUUGUGUUAUCGCCAGGAAGUAGUUGUCAUUUUUUCUCAAGUCCGUAAAUGCAUCAGAGCUUUACAACACUCAACUUUUACGGAAAUAUCAUUGCACAAAACAACAGAUAUUCGCGUGUUCCGCCUAUUGGAUGGGAAUCACUGAUCCGAAACUAACGGAAGAGACUCUGGCUAGCUCUGUUUAAAGCCUGCGACCCGCCGUAUUAGCAUCCGUAAGGGAAUACUGUUUCAGUAUUUUGAAUACCUUAGUUGCAUAGUGGUCUUGUCAAAAGAUUUUCAACCUUUCCGCGUUCUCAUAGUCUUCGUGGAACGUAAGAUAUUUAUUUACAUAUAGGAUAUUAGACAACUUCAUAAUGUACUAAUUGCAACAGAAGCCGACGAUGCUGAUUUAUUCAACCCGAUGGCUGUACUUGAAAACCAGUAAGAUCUGUGAAAUAUACUUCGCGAAACAUAAGUUGAAAACAUUCUCUGAAGAAUAGCCAUUCUUGUCACACUUCUAGUUUAUCGUAGAGCCUAAAUAUUCCGACUACGUGUCUACUUUGUCUAAAAACAGGAAAACAUAAAUAAUCAAAAUGGAUUUCGUUGGCACUUAUUCUUUUUUAUCUACUGCUCAUUGAGAGUGCUACCUGCACAGCAGCUUUGUCUUUUAUAAUGGCUUUUCAUCUGAUGAAGUAUCUAAGGUUAUCUUACAAGGAAGGAGUGUCGAUGGAAAUCAGACCCAACUCGUGGUGAAAGUCUGAUAUAUUUGCUCAUUCUGAUCUAAUUUUAGGAAAACUUAUUCAGGAAGAGAACAAGAAAAAAAAACACAAACAAAACACUGCGAUCUAAGAUAAAACGUUCCUAAACUAAGAUGGACCAGGUGAAAACGCUCGUCUUGAAAACCGGGAAAAUUCCGGAAGCCAGGAUAAAUCAGUCCUUCAUCUACAGCUGGCGAAUCAGUCUCGAAGCUGACAAACUCUAUAGUUCUGUUUCACAAUAAAGAAGCUUUCAUGCA